UAACUAAGGGCUCCUGGCUGUUGCUAGGACCGCAGAGUACAAUCAAGCAGGCUCUGUAGACUCAGGCUGCGCGCUCCAGGGAAGGGUUUUGGGGUCUGUCUGCGCUCGCUUCAAGCCGAGCAUCAUGAGCAGCGAGUUUCUGUCAGAGCUGCCCUGGGAAGAUGGGUUCGCUAUCCCAGUGGCAAACCAGGAGAACAAGAUGCUGGAGGAUCAGUUAUCAAAACUGCAGAAGGAAAAAUCAAACUUGCAAGAUCAGCUUCGUGACUAUGAAGAUCGAAUUAAUUCUAUGACUUCUCACCUUAAAAAUGUGAAUCAAGAGUUUUUAUUUACACAGUCUCUUUGCAAAGCAAGGGAGUAUGAAAUCGAAAGUGAAGAACAUUUUAAGGCCAUUGCCGAAAGAGAGCUGGGACGAGUCAAGGAUGAGAUCCAAAAACUGCAGAAGGAGAUGGAGACCAUCCGGGAACGCAAGAGCGAUAAGGAAACUGGAAUAUUUAAAGCUACUCAAAAGCUGGAUGGCUUGAAAUGUCAGAUGAACUGGGACCAGCAAGCGCUGGAGGCCUGGCUAGAGGAGUCGGCUCAUAAAGACAACGACUCUCUCACCCUUCAGAAGUACUCCAAGCAAGACGAUAACAAAAUCAGGGCACUGACCUUGCAGUUAGAAAGGCUGACUUUGGAGUGUAAUGAGAAAAGGAAGCUUCUAGACAAUGAACUAACAGAGACGCUAAGUGCACAGUUAGAAUUAGAUAAAGCUGCACAAGACUUCCGGAAGAUUCACCUUGAACGACAAGAGCUCAUCCGGCAGUGGGAGAGCACCAUCCACCAGAUGCAGAGGCGCGACCAGGAGAUCGACAACUGUGCCCUGACAUUAGCAAGGAUCAAGCAGGAAAUAAGAGAAAAAGAAGGUGUGGUGAAAGAAAAGAUCAAGUUUCUGGAGAGUGAGGUUGGGAACAACGUAGAAUACGAGAGAAGAAUUUCUGUCGCCGAGCGGAAAGUUUUAAAGUACAGGGUGGAUUACCAGCAGCAUGAAGCCAGCAGGAGUCAGCUGAAGGACGAGCUGGAUACUUUAAAAGCUACUCUCAAUAGAACUUCCAGUGAUUUAGAAGCUCUGAGGAAAAACAUUUCCAAAGUAAAGAAGGACAUCCAUGGUGAAGCAUCAAAAUUACAAAAACUUAAACGUCACAAUGAAGUUGUAAAACAGAAAUUAAAAAUGAUAACUGAGAAAACCAUAUCUAUUGAAGAGAAAGCUACAAACAUGGAAGACAUGCUGAAGGAGGAGGAGAAAGGUGUGAAGGAAGUGGAGGUUCAACUGAACAUAGUGAAGGACGUGCUAUUUAAGAAAGUUCAAGAGUUACAGAAUGAGACAAUGAAAGAGAAAGCCCUGGUAUCAGAGAUUGAAGGAACCAAGUCCUCCCUGAAACAUCUUAACCAGCGGUUACACAAACUGGACUUUGAAACCUUGAAGCAGCAGGAAAUAAUGUACAGUCAGGAUUUUUACAUUCAGCAAGUAGAACGCAGAAUGUCACGGUUAAAGGGAGAAAUUAAUUCAGAGGAGAAACAAGCCCUUGAAGCAAAAAUCGUUGAACUUAAGAAGACACUGGAUGAGAAAAAAUCCACACUUUCUCUUUUGGAAUCGCAGAUCAAGAAGCUCCAUAAUGAUCUCUAUUUCAUUAAGAAGUCAAACGGCAAAAAUAAUGACGAGAAACAGUCUCUCACGAAUAAAAUAAGUGAACUGCACCUUUUCGUUGACAGAUCGGAGAAGGAACUGAACAAGGCUAGAGCUGCAAAACAGGAUUUGAUGAUCGAGGACAAUCUUUUAAAGCUUGAGGUUAAACGCACCCGAGAAAUGCUUUACAGCAAAGCAGAGGAAGUACUUUCCCUGGAGAAAAGGAAACAGCAGCUGAGCGCAGCAAUGGAAGAAAGAGCUGAAGAAAUUAAGGUGCACAAAGCGAUGCUUGCCUCACAGAUCAGAUAUGUUGACCAGCAGCGGCAAACUGUGAGUGCUGAGUUUCAUGAACGGCUAAGUAAAAUUGAUAAGCUUAAGAACAGAUAUGAAAUUCUUACUGUUGUUAUGCUGCCUCCUGAAGGAGAAGAGGAGAAAACACAGGCCUAUUAUGUAAUAAAGGCUGCUCAAGAAAAGGAAGAACUUCAAAGGGAAGGUGACAGCUUGGAUGCUAAAAUCAACAAAGCUGAAAAAGAAAUCUAUGCUCUGCAGAACACCUUGCAAGUACUGAACAGCUGCAACAACAAUUAUAAGCAAUCUUUCAAAAAAGUGACUCCAUCAAGUGAUGAGUAUGGAUUAAAAAUUCAAUUAGAAGAACAAAAAAGGGCCGCGGAAGAGAAAUACAGAUACAAACAAAGGCAAAUCAGAGAAAUUCAAGAAGAUAUCCAGAGCAUGGAAAAUACUUUUGAAGUUAUAGAACACUUAACAAGUAAUGUGAAAGAGAAAUUAUCAGAGAAACAAACUUACUCACUUCAACUCCGCAAAGAGACUGAGGAGCAACAGCCGAAAAUGGAGCGCGUGACUAAGCAGUGUUCCAGACUCAGGAGAGAAAUCCGUAUUUUGAAAGAAACAAAUGAAGAAACACUGGAAGAACAAGACAUUCAACUCCGUGAGAUUAAACAGUUUCACAGGGACAUUGACCAAAUGUUAGUGAAUGUCAUGGAAAAUGCUGAAAUGCACAUCAUUCUUCAAACAUAUUUUGAGCAGAAUGGGUUAGAACUACCUACAGCGAAAGGCCCGAGCUCCAGGUCUUCUUCACAGUCUUCACAGUUAUCACUCAGGUCGCCUGAGAGCCCAGGUUCGCCCGCUUCUCCCGUUUCAGCUAAAGUAUUACAGAUCAGCUUCCCUGGAUCUCCGACAGAAAGCAAUGGUUCUAGGUCACCUAGUAAUGGCAGUAAUUCGAGUACUCCUAAGGGAAAAAAGCCCAGCAAAUAAGCAUUCUUUAAAAUCUCUUGUGCAAAUUUUGAACACAAAUGAAAAUCGCAUUAAUGGUUAAGUCUCCCUUUUUCCGGGGUUCCAUUUAUUAAUGACACAUACAAUCCUACUAAAAUAGUAUUGGAAGUACCACAGAGCAAAGUUCUGCAUAGUGGCUAAAACAUCUGUUGAGAAAAGAACAAAGGCAGUUGGUUUUGUUUUCCCCUAGUGUUUUAUUCAUAGAGAAAGAAAUGCAGAACCAUAGCCAGGUCAUUUGUGAUAAAGUGUGGAGGGGGUGGGGGGGAGAGAACACUGAUGUCUGUAGUGUUAGAUGUCUUAUGCAGUCACUUAGAUUAGAAAAGAAGGUUCUCUUAGGAAUACACUUCUAAAGGUUCACUGCAUGUCUUAAUAAGGAAAUUUUCAUUUACUCCAAAACACAAAACGACUUUUUAAAAUUAAAAACAAAAAGCAAAUAACCAUAUUCCUCCAAUUUUUUUCUGAGGGUGACACACACCUGUUAAAGGCCUUUUUUUGGUUAUAAUUUAUAACAAAAAGAUAGUAUCAUUACCCCUCCCUUGGUAAGAAAAACACUAUAUGUGUACACACAUAUAUAUUUAUCUCUAUAUAUGCGUAAAGUACAACUUAAGUUGCUAAGACUGUCUGUACUCUGACCUUGAAAAAAUUGAGCAUAUUAAAUUUACAAUGGAGGUAGAUAUUGCAUACUAUAUUUAAAAUUAGUUUUUUUCAGGUAAUACUUUAUAUCCAGCACUUUGAACUUCUUGGACUAGAGUGUGAAAUACUACUAUAAAGCUAGAUUUUUAAAUAUAUUAGCAUUCAGGUAUACAAAGGAACUUCUCCUUUAAACCUUACAACAGUGAUUGUCUUAGAACCACUACUCAGCUACUUCUGAAAGCAGUAGUGGUAGUAGAUCUGUUUCUACUCAUAAUCUUUUUAAUUCAGAAAUAGAAAGGCAUAGUUAAAUGUAAUAACUAAAAUGGCAAAGAAAACUGUGGGCACUUUUUAGUUGGAAUGCUGCCAAAAUGCAUGAUGUUUAGGAUCUAAAACUGAUUAAUCCAAUCAUUUUGUUUACUAAUGUUGUGAUUCUCAGUCACUUAUUAGUUUGUAAGUUACUUGGAACUUAAACAUUAAACUUUGUGUUCUACGAA